AUGGCCGAUUUCGUGAUGGAGAUAGGCAGGAUGGUGAAAGAGGCUAACCUGAUGGCAGCCCAAGGGGGCCCAGUCAUUUUGGGGCAGCUGGAGAACGAGUAUGGACAUCACUCUGAUGCUGGUAGGGCGUAUAUAGACUGGGUCGGGGAGCUGUCCUUCGGCUUGGGCCUCGACGUGCCUUGGGUAAUGUGUAAUGGAAUGUCUGCUAAUGGUACAUUGAAUGUCUGUAAUGGCGACGACUGUGCGGCCGAGUAUAAGGCAGAUCAUGAUAAGCAAUGGCCUGACGAGCCACUGGGGUGGACUGAGAACGAGGGUUGGUUUGAUACAUGGGGUGGGGCCGUUGGAAACUCGAAGAGGUCAGCCGAGGAGAUGGCCUACGUUUUAGCCAAAUGGGUGGCUGUGGGAGGUAGCCAUCAUAACUACUACAUGUGGUAUGGUGGUAACCAUAUGGCUCAAUGGGGAGCGGCCUCGCUGACCAACGCUUAUGCUGAUGGGGUGAACUUCCAUUCUAAUGGGCUGCCGAAUGAACCUAAGAGGUCGCAUCUCCAGCGCUUGCAUGAGGUCCUCGGGAAGUUGAACGGGGAGCUCAUGCAGGUGGAGGACCGCCACUCGGUGAUGCCAGUCCAACUGGAAAACGGUGUGGAAGUUUACGAGUGGACCGCUGGCCUCGCUUUCCUCCAUCGUCCAGCAUGUAGUGGUUCCCCGGUAGAGGUCCACUACGCCAAGGCGACCUAUAGUAUUGCCUGCCGUGAAGUCCUCGUGGUGGAUCCAUCAAGUUCAACGGUCCUCUUCGCAACGGCUAGUGUUGAGCCCCCGCCUGAGUUGGUACGGAGAGUGGUGGCCACCUUGACAGCGGACCGAUGGAGUAUGAGGAAGGAGGAGCUGCUGCACGGUAUGGCUACAGUGGAGGGGAGGGAGCCGGUCGAGCAUCUCAGGGUCUCGGGGCUGGAUACAGACUAUGUCACAUACAAGACGACGGUGACAGCUACCGAGGGUGUCACCAACGUAUCACUGGAGAUCGACUCGAGAAUAUCCCAGGUGUUCCAUGUUUCGGUUGAUAACGCCAGCAGUCUGGCGGCAACAGUGAUGGAUGUGAACAAGGGGAAUACCGAGUGGACGGCGGUCGUGCAGUUGCCUAAUCUCACGGCUGGUCGGACCUACGACUUGUGGAUCCUAUCUGAGUCACUCG